UUGUAAACUUUGCAGCGUAUUUUACGAAUAUCGUGUAGUUGGUAAAACGAUAACCAAAUUUUGAUGUUUGUCCUUACCAAAAAAUUGAUUACGGUAUCUCAAAUGAUUAGAUAACUUGACACUCGUAUUUAUUCAGCCAACUUUUAACGCCAGUUCGUGAAACAUGGAAGCGCUAAAAGCACGUGCCGACCUAAUAUCACACAUCCAAACCGUUUCAAAAGAAAACGGAAUCCAGAAUUACGUCAUUACCGAUGUGCAAACAAAUCAGAAAGGUGAGGGAUACCUCGGGCAAAUUUUCCUCGUCAGCAUCAAAGAUGCGAAGACCGAGAAACAAUUGGAAAUCGUGAUAAAAGCAGCUUUCACGGACGAGCAAGUGCGGGCAAUGAUACCUAUUAGAAUGUCAUUUCUAAAUGAAAUUUACUUUUACACUGAGGUGUUGCCAAGUUUUCAGAAAUUGGAAGAGAAGUGCAGACAAUCUACGAGUUUUCAAUUUGUGCCUAAAUGUUUGAAGGUUUCUUUGAAAGACCAAGAGGAGAUGCUGAUUUUGGAGAAUUUGAAAGCUUCUGGGUUUGAAAUGUUGGAUAAAAAGCUUACGCUGGAUGAAGAUUACGUUCGCUUGAUUUUUAAAACGUAUGGGCGGUAUCAUGGUUACUCAUUUGUUUUGCGUGAUCAGAAUUCUGAGGCGUUUGAGAGGAUCUCUCAAGGAUGCUGUAACGUUUAUGCUGAACUUUUAAAGAAUGAUUUCUUUAAUCAACAAAUGGCUGGAGUGGCUAAGUUGGCUCAAGACAUUUUGUUACCUGGAGAAGAUGAUGAAAUUAUCGAAAAAUUUGAAAAAUAUUCCGGUGCAAACUUGGCGGACACUUUCAAGGAUAUCGUAUCAAAAGAAGUGAAUGCUUAUUCGGUGGUUUUGCACGGAGAUUGUUGGAGCAACAACAUGAUGUUCAAAUACGAAAAUUCGUUGAACAAUAAAAAGCCCACAGACGUGCGAUUAAUAGAUUUUCAAGUGUUGCGAGCUGGUAGUCCAGUAUGUGACUUAUCGUACUGCCUAUAUUCUGGAGCAUCAAAGAAAAUAUUUGACAAUUUGAAUGAUUACCUGAAAAUUUACUAUAACAGCUUUUCAUCCUUUGUGAAAAGCCUGGGCAGUGAUCCUGAAAAGCUGUUUCCAUUUGAAGCUUUGGAGGAUCAGUGGAAGAAAUAUGCAAAAUUUGGCAUGAUGGUGUCUCUAUCGAUUAUAAGAAUGAAGCUGAUUAAUACUGAAGAUGUUGUCGAUUUAACCGAUGAACUUGAGGUGGAUCAGUUUGCUGAUGCUUUGGCGAAACAAAAAUUUGAUGAAGAAACUUACAGAAAGAGGACCCGAGAGCUUUUGUGGCAUAUGUCUGAAGUGGAUGCGCUUUAGCAGAAUUUUAUUAACAACUUGACAUCUAAUUUGAUCGGUACGAAAUAACGUUACGAAUUAUUCGGCUUUACACAUUUUCGUCUAAGAUAGGUACAUGACGCUAUUUUCUCUGCCUUAAAAUGUGAUAAGUUGAUAUAAUGUAAAAACGUUUCAAAUUAUAAUAAAGUAGUCAUAAAUAACUAAA